CCUCCACUCGUCUGCUGUAGUUAUUUUGCGGGCUAUGUCGCUUUCGUGUUCUGCUGCUGUUUACUAUGAGCUUGUCACUGCGCGUAUUCAGUUCACAAUUGUCCAUUAACUCACGGCAGUGCUUUCUGUGUUUCCUCGUAGGGGCCUUGGCCUCUACCGCCAAUACUUAAUCUGCCUACAAGAUCGCCUAUCUCUUUCUUUGCCGGGUACAAUCAUAUCAGUAUCGCCUAAUCUCUAUUCCGGAACAAUCUUUCUCUGCUUCUCUUCGUAGUGCAUGCCGCUGUCGGCGGCUGUGCGUAGUAUGGACAGGAUUUACUCCUAGAAGACGGCUGAGUGGUUUGCGCUUUCGGUAAAUGACUAGUACCAGCUGAUCACCAAACCUGAAACCAAGAGAACUGCUCGUGUUUCAACCCCACGUACGGAAUCCGUUCGUCCGUCCGUCCCGCUAACAGCUGUUGGGAAUUGCCACUCGCGGGGUGGUGCGCGUGCGUUUGUUCCGUAGCAUAGUGACAUUGUUUUCUCAUUUCGCCGUGCAGCGUUUGAACGGUGUGACAUUGAUUGUCACCGCUGCGACAGCGGUGAUACCGGUGUUGCGACCGCCUCAUCGGUCUUGCCGGUGCUGAUUGGUGGGUGUGCCCGUUCCGGCAGCUGCUUGUGACAAGGCACUCCCUCCGGCAGCGCGAUGUCUCUGUGGAACAGUCCUGGCGGCGGUCGCACCGCCCAGAACUACGGCAGCACGCAGCGAGGGUUCGGCGGCAUGGAAAGCCCAUCACGAGCUUCAAUCGAUACGUCUCAGCGGUACCACCAACUGUGCGACAACAUCAGCUCCAGCAUAUUUGCCAUCAACAAUGACUCUGCCACUCUCGAUCGUGCUGCAAGACAGCUGGGUACGCAGGCGGACACCGACGCCUUCAGAGAGAAGCUCCACAUGACGCAGCAAAAUGCCAACCUGACCAUCAAGAGUACCACAACGGCACUGCAAGACCUGGCAACACUGGUGGCCCAGGGAGACAAGCAACAAAAACUGCAGUCAAGCCGGCUUCGCAAUGAAUUCCAGGAAGUUGUCAAGCGUUACAGCAACCUGCAGAAGACUGUGGCCACCCGGCAGAAGUACACAAUGUAUGCGCGACCAAGUGCCCAAGCUAGACCCUCUGGUGGCGGAGGCUCGCAGAGUGGCGGCUGGUUCGAUGGCCAACAACCACGUUCCGAGGAAACGACUGCGCUGCUAGACGACGCAGGUAGCCCCCAGUCACCAACGCAACAGCAGCAACAGCAGUACUUAAGGCAGGACGUGGACUAUGAGCAGGCAAUGCUGGUGGAGCGGGAGCAGCGCAUUCGGCGCAUUGAAGCGGACAUGCUGGACUGCAACCAGAUCUUCAAAGACCUGGCGAACAUAGUGCACGAACAAGGGGAUGUCAUUGAGGAAGUACCGACGAAAGACCUGCUGUCUGCUCGUUCUCGUGGUUGUGGUGGCCGCCGUAGUGGCCCUGGUCAUCUACUUCUCCAUCAAGUAGUCCCACCAGCACCAACUAUGGCCAGCCUCCACUGUUGCCUGCACUGUGCACGCACAUGCCGUUUUUCAAAUGUUACCGGUGGUAAUCGGAGCGAAACAUACGCUAUGGAUGCCUUCUCGGUGAAAAUCGCGAGGUCUAUGUUUCAUGUGUGCAUUUGUUUAAGGAAGACAGACAGAAAACCUUUGUCAUGUGCCCCCUAUAUGCGGCUCAAGUCGUCGCGGGCAUCUCGAGUUCUGUUAACCAGAGGGUGAUGUAGCAGUUAAAUGUUCACCGUUUACAGCAAAACCCAAAGACUAUAGCCAGGGAAAAGUUUCUCGCUGUUGACAUCGCUGAGUACUACUGUUAACAAGAGCCACUGACAUGCCGUUUGGGUUCCUACACAUUUUGGCUCGCAGAUCAUUUCAGUGACUGCAAAUGAUGUUCACACAGUCUGUGGAAAGCCUACUUCUAGCAUUGGGCUGGGCUGGAACCGAAAUUCACGCCAUUGGCACUUCUGACUUCUUGAGGCCUCAAGAUAUGGAAGGUCCUUUGCUGGACUCGCCAGCACAUGUUAGCCUGAUGAUGAAGGCACACAUGCGGCAUCCAACUUUUAAUAAGCCUUGAUAAACUGGUUCUUUGAGCACUGUGCUACUGUAGGUGUAGUACUUAUUUAAUUGCCAUGACAACAGUACUGUGCUUGAUACCCUGACAUAUUGGUCCUUUAUGCCUUGAGGCUAUCGAGGACAGGCUUCCUCCUUACCUGUUCAGACUUGCGGGACCAACGUUUUGUUACGCAGUUCAGUGACGCUUCUUCAUGUUAUUGGAGUGAUUGUCUUCGUUGUGCAGAGCUGCACAUUUUCCCACUCAAGCGUCACUCAACCUUGCAGCCAAUCAGGAGCCAAGUCAUUUUAACCAAUCAAUCAACUUUUCUUUAUAGGUCUACUUAGUGUUUGGAUGUGACUGACCACUACUCUCAAUGAUUGCACUGUUUCCUGGAUGCUUAAUGGGAAGAUGUGCAGGAUGCAAGUGCCAUAUUGAGCAAAUCAUGCGGGCUCAAAACUGGUUGUCAUGACUCGGAAGGUUUUAGGUCACGACAAACAGCUUAUAUGAUAUAUGAUAAAAGAUGGCAGUAAAGGGAGGUAAAGGCUUGCAUGUUCUAUCCUUCUUGUUUUUUUUCCAUGCAUGGUUGCGAAUUGCACAAGUAAGAGGGAAAACCUGGACGAUGCAUCGACGCAGGUCAAAGAAAUGACAGGCAAACACAAUAUCUUCUUUGCUCCAAGUGGGGCAAUGGGCUCAUAAAGAGAGAUCAAAUAAAGAGAACUGCAAGGCAUUUAAACUGACAUUUGAAGCAUGGAGCUUAAUACUAAUAUUGCUAGAGGGAGAUCUGCUAAGGCAGCACGAGAAAAAUGGUUGGUAUGUGUAUUUGUUUAAACAUCGUCCUUCUGGCUUCCAUUGACCAUGUUGAAGUUAAUUUGUCAUUGCACAUUCUUGGUACAGCAAUGAUUUGCCUCACUUAGCUGUUAACUUCGAUCAUACGACUCUUUUCAAAACAUUCGUACAAUUGGAAAACAAAACCAUUUGUAUAGUAUAGUCGGACAUCAGUACCCAAGCUGAGCUUACCCCUUAAGUAGCCAAUAAGUGCUCACAAGUUUAGAAUGGGCCAUUUCAAGUUACUCUUGCUGAGAUAUUUGACAUUUUUGCUACUAGAAUGCAUAUUUUAAGCCACAUAGAAACAAUGUUUUGCUUCAGUAUACUGAUACUGUUUUGGAAUCCGCAUGUUUGGUUUCCAUAAACCAGGACUCAUUGAAAUAAGGCAUGACCAAGCAAAUUUUAAAUUUGCUUUGUUAUACCCAAUAAUUUGUCAUUUGUGUUUGUUGUAGUGAGGCUCAGCUACACUCUUAAGGAAAUUUUUAGGAAAGCAGUUAAUGAAACGGAACCACAAAGAGCAGUAAUAGAACCUGCAAAGCGCUUUAUUUUCUUAACUGAGCCAGAUCAUUGAAAAUGUUUGUGCUACCCAUAACUUCCACAGUGGUCAAACAACUGCAUCUCUAGUGAAACAGCAUGAAGCUCUGUGCGGUCACUAUCACAAGAGAACCAAAGCAGCUUCAAGAAAGAAAGAAAGCAAUGUGCUAUCCAAUUUGUUAGUAGCAAACACUCCUGUAAAGUAAAUUUUUUCUGUACGGAGCAGAGUGGACACCACGCUGAGUGGUCUUUGAAGCAGAAACAUGAAACUGGCUUUUCUGCUGUUUUUCUUCUGACUGUAGUGUGUACAACAUGAAGGUAAAAAUGCUCAGUAUCAGUACUAGUUCCUCUACCAGCUGUGAUUUUUAAAGAAAAACUGAUCACUGAUAUGCGGCUGUUCACUCAUUGGACUGGGUAAGCUUGUUUUCUCUGAUGCUGAACAAAACUGCAUUCAACGUGCGCUACUUUUCUAUGGCCUCCUCCAAGAAGCUUGUCGAGUCUUUGCUAUGGCUGAAUUUCGCCUCCCUUCUUUUUUUUCCUUUCCCUCAUCAAACCGCUGGCCAAGCCUUUGUUACGCAUGCCUCAAAAUCGUUUCACAACAACGGGCAUGUGGAUUUACCGUCCACCUCCUUCUUCUUACUUUUUUUUUCAAUAUAGUACAUGUAUAUUACUUGAACCUCUUGUUUUGUAUGCGUUGCAUGCUGUAUAAUAAAGGAUUGCUUGUAUGUUGUGUUUGCUACUAAA